UUUUCCGUCCGUUUUCAACCCUAAUAUUGGGAUGUAUUUUGACUUGUUAUGGAUUUAAACCGACUCAAUACCAUCCAAUCCACAUGGAUUAAUGGUGAAACGAACAAGCCCUUAAGUGUUGGAGAUCCAGGGAACCCGAUAUAGUAGGUGAUAAUCAGUAGUAAUUGAAACAGUAUGUGCGAUGGUCCAGACAGAUGGCUUUGGAUGGAAAAGAAGGCGCAGGGAGGAGGAAGGUGGUGUCUGUCCAGGCAAAGCAAAGCAAAGCAGUAAAGCAAGGAAAGAUAGAUAAAUUAAAAAGGAGACGUUGCGUGAAGACUAAGAAGCCUCCUAAUCUUUCUCUUUUAUUUUUUUCUUUUUUGAAGGAGGAAAGAGAUUGAGAGAGACUGAGAGAGUUGAGGAGCAAGCAAGCAGAGUGACUGACUGAGUGAGCCACUCACUCUUUUCACUUGCUAGCAUCAAUUCCAAUCCUGAAUGCCAACCACCAUCAUAUUCAUAAAUAUCCAUCUCCUGCUCAUCUGCGAUUGAAGCCUUCCAUCCGAUUCUUCCAACCACCCUAUAGCUUAGCUUUCCACACACAUGCAUCACCUGCCCACAGGCCGCCGCCGCGAGCCCCCCGGCGCCGGGGAACUUACCAGGCAGCAGCCACCACCAGCGGGGCCGGCGCCGGCGCCGGGGCACCACCACCGCCCACCACCAGCGGAUCGGGGCCGCCCCUUCUUCAUGCCGCCGCCCGCGCCACCGGGCCGCUCGCACAGCAACGAAGCAUCGCCAGCGGACCCGCCCAUCGCCAGCGCCAGCAGCAGCAGCAGCAGGCUGCCGCCGCCGCCUCCUCCUCCUCCUCGUCCUCGGCCGUCGCCACACCCACGCGUGUACGGCGACUACGACCCCGCCGAGGGCCUCCGCCGUCCCCCUCUCCCUCUGCCUCCGCCUCGGCGCCCGCCGUCCCCCUGCUCCUCCGCGCUGGCGUCCUGCCUGGCCGCGACGGCGUUCCUGCUGCUGUCGGCGGGCGGCGCCGGCGCUGCGCUGUUCCUGCUGUUCCGCCCGCGGCCGCCCGACAUCUCCGUGGCCGGCGUGCGCCUGCCCUCCUUCUCCGCGUCCAACGGCACCGUGGCCUUCACCUUCGAGCAGACGGCGGCGGUGCGCAACCCCAACCGCUCCCCGCUCGCGCACUUCGACAGCUCCCUCCGCGUCGCCUACGCGGGGGGCGACCUCGGCGCCGUCUACAUCCCCGCGGGGCUCAUCGACGGCGGCCGCACCAAGCACGUGUCCGCGGUCUUCGACGUCCCGGCCAUCCCCGUCGCCGCGCAGCCGCAGGGGGCCGUCGAAGCCGCCCAGCAGGCUCAGCCGCCGGUUAUCGAGGUCCGCUCGCUGCUGGUGGUCAAGGGCAGGGUCAACGUCCUGCGCGUCCUCACGCACCGCGUCCAGGCCGCCAAGCUCUGCCGCGUCGGGGUCUCGCCGCUCGAUGGCACGGUGCUCGGAUUCCGCUGCUGACUUCGUUUAUUUCUUGUUGCAGCUCAGCUUUCAACGAGAGAGAGAGAGAGAGAUGUUCCCUUCCCUUCCCUUUGCAAACAAACAAAUGACGAAUAUACGUGUGUGUAUUCACGUAGGUAGAUUUGGAUCAGCAACAACGACAACAUAGCAGAUCGAUAAAACCCACCGAGGGGUCGGUCAGUUAAUAGAGUAUACAUAGUCCCUAUCUAAGUUCAUAAGCAUCUUAUAAAGAUCCUAAGCAAGUUAGAGCAUGUUUGGUUUUAAUUAGUCCUAAGACUAAACUUUAGUCCAUAUAUGUUUGGUUUUAGGGACUAAAUAGAUUCUAAAGUCAUUAAAUACACUAUCCAAAGACUCAAAUACCCUUAGAAUAUACUCAUAAUAUUAAUUAUCUACAAAAAAAAGUAAGGGCAACAUGAUAAUUAUGGGUUUUUAGUCUCUUUUAGCACCUAUUUGAAGGACUAAAGGCUAAACCAUUUUAGUCCAUAUUUUAGUUCUAGUGUUUGACAAAAAAGGACUAAAAGGGACUAAAAACUAGAGACUAAUCUUUAGUCCCUCUAACCAAACACCCCUUACUAAGGUGCUGAGUUUGAACACUAGAAGUUCCUCACAUACUAUCAAUAAAAGUGUGCAAAGACUAAGCAAUACUAGUGUUGUAUUAGCACUACUCGCUAGUUCCACUACAUGAGUAUUAGUUACAAGAGCAACAACACAAGCGCCAUACAUGCUUCAUGAACAUAAACCACCACAUCCUAGGAUACUCAAUCAUUUGCAACCAAGUUAUGAAAGAGAGAGAGAGAGAGAGAGAGAGAGAGAGGAGAGAAGCAGAAAGAACCCCAAACAGGACCUUUGUCUCUUCGAUGAUGAUGAUUGAACAAGACCCAUAAUGGGGUCAUGUUGUGUUUCUCCUAGCUAGGUCCACCUGUUAUGCAAUAGCCCUCUCACCUAUUACGUCA